AAAUAAAACGUCAUCGAACUCGGAGUAAAUAAAUAGAGCAGCGUAGAUCCAUCUUAUUCAUUCGUUAUAGUUCAAUAGUUCUACAUCAUUAUGGAGAACAAAUUACCCAUUUUCAGUUUUUUCUGUAUUUCGAUAGUACUCUACACCAAAAUUGAUGGUAUUGGAGCAAAGCCACCAUCGAAAAUAAUCGGCGGUGAAGAUGUACUAAUCGAAGAAUUUCCGUCUGUAAUUUUGAUAUAUAUGGAUGACUAUCAUCUAUGUGGUGGAACUCUCAUCACAAACAAACACGUAGUAACAGCUGCACAUUGUGUGGUAUACCAACCUGAGAACAGUACUACAUACACCGAAGAAUAUUAUCCAGAGGAGUUGCUUGUGUGCGGAGGAAGCUCUGAUACGGGGAAUUUUUCACAUUGCCUGGAAGUUGAGACGAUAAAUGUUCACGAAGACUACACUGGUGAUCCAGAUUCCGACUAUGAGCAUGACAUUACUAUCCUAACGCUCAUAAGCGAGAUCCCAGUGAGUUCAAAGUUAAAACCCAUUAAUUUACCAUCUAAAAAUACAUAUGCUGGUGAAGUAGGUACCAUAUUAGGUUGGGGAUAUACCUCUGUGAACGGAUCACUUUCAACGACAUUAAAGGGUACCCAGACGAUUGUCCAGGAUACUUUAAAAUGCGAGCCAAUGCGAAAGACUCAAUUGUGUGUAGCCAAUGGUUGCGGAGUUGGUUUUUGUGAUGGAGACAGUGGUGGUCCUCUCAUCAUUGACGAUGAAAUCGUCGGUGUUAUUUCCUCUUCCAUAGGAUGUGCAACAGGUUCACCGGACUAUCUCACAAGAGUUUAUAGCUAUCUUGAUUGGAUUCAUAAUAUAAUCGAACCAAAUUUGGAAACUAAUGAGUUGGAAUCAUCCAAUGAGUUGCAGCAUUGUUGAAGAAUUAUAUAUAUUUUUUAUAAAACGUAAUAUUUUGUGUAUCUACAAGAUUUGUAUACUUGCAAAUUCCCUACAAUUGUUAUUUUAUUGAUGAAACUCAUUCAUUGGCACUCAAUUAUCAAAGUCAGAGUAAAAUAAAAUUUUUGUGCUUUUAUGUUCAAA